CACAAGCGUUUAAGAAACCACGAAUUCUUAGAGAGUUUGCCCUGCAGUGUCACCCACAUCUUGAACGCUCGUGUUCAAUGCACAUGGUUCCCUAAAAAACAUUGUGGGGCUCGCUCUGAGAAGCAGGAUGCAGCACGUUACGCUCACAGCUUCCCACGCGAACCUCGAAACGUAAUUAGAGCCUGACCGUCUUGCUUUCGGAGCCAUGGUGGCCUCUGCGUCGUCCUACCAAGGAGGCCCCUUCGUGGAGGCCUUCUCGAGCAGCGGGAGUAACCCGUUGGUCAACUGCAAACUGUCGGGCGAGAAGGGCGUGCAAAAGGUGUACGAGAAGACAGUCAAGGGUUACGUCUACACCCUCACUGGAGCAGCUUCCAAGCUCCAGCUACCGAAAGACGAGAGGAAGUCGCCCCUCCACUUCCUGCAGCAGUUUCUGGUGUUGCAAAUCUAUGCCCCUGCAGGGCAGCAUUUCGCCAUUGAGCUUGGGGUUACUGAUAGCAGCGGUUCAAAGAGGAAGCUCUACUUCUCCACAGCGUUCCACGAAGUCAAGACGACGCCGCUGCACUGCCAAGUCCCUCUAACCGCCCUGGAAAGAGAUGUCUGGCUGAACCUCGCCUUUGACCUGGUCGAUCUCUUUGGCGCUUGCUUCCGGGGCCUCACCUACAGGUCGCUAGACGUUCUGGUCCUUGGGAGCGUGUGCCGGCUGCGCAAGAUCUUCACUCUUCGCCAGCAGCCGAUCGACUCCGCCGACCCCUCGUUUGUGGGAGAACCCGUCCCCUCCAGCCUGGACUAUCCGACAGGCGUCCAGUACAAGAACCAAGUUCUCAACGCGUCUCGCAUCAGGGGGGCGCUCGCAGAGACGGCGUCGGCCAAGCGGCUGAGCUCGGAGGACCCCCUCUCGACGAAGGGGGGCGCAAAACGGCUCUCAGGGAGCACCCACGUGGCCUUUGGAUCGCGGACGGCCGUUCCCCCGGCUCCGUUGAUCGUGGUCCCUUCCAAUGUCGACUUGUCGCACAGAAGUGGUGGGGUUGAAGCCCCGCAGGGCGCCGUUAAGAAAGGGGAGAAGAGCGAGCGGUUGCCUUCGAGUCGGAAAGCGAGCGCGCAGGAGCUGAAAGCGCCGAAGAGAAACGGUCACGUGGCAUCAGCGGAGGAGGACGACGCAGGCGAGGAGUGGAGCCCGACGGAGCGCUCAAGUGAGCCGGAGGCGCCCGCGUCAAAACGGCGAGUUCCGGGAAAAGCGGAAAUGAGCAAAACGGGGGCCCCGAACGCGGUUGCGCCUUCUGGAAAGGCAGGGAAAGCCGGCAACGUGCCGGGUCCGAGCAAGAAAGAAGCCGCGAAGAAGCUUCCGGUUCGAGCGGAGAGUCCGGUGACUGCGUGGGGAGACGGUGCGGGGACCGAGACGCCGGAAGAGACUCUGCUCGCUUCCAUGAGUGCGGAUUGGAAGCAGGCAAAGAAACUAGAGCGAGGGCAAAUGUCUGCGCAGCGCGACAAAUCCUUUCCGCUGGAACAGUCUCCAAAAGAGACGGCUGAUGAUAGCAGAAGCAGCCGGGGAUCCAGCCGGCGCACCGUGCGGUUUAGCGAGGAAGGGGAGGCCCUGUCACGGGUGGAGACGCCUCUUUCGGAACCAAAGGUUGGUGAGCCGUCCGAAAACAGGGCCCCACGGGACGCUUCACCCCGGGAACGAGGCUUAGAGGCCCGGGACGUUUUGGCUGAGCUGGAGAAGGAGCUGGCGGGGCUGACAGCUGGCACGCGGAACUCCCCCCGGGCGGAACUGUGGCGCAGCAAAACGGACGGGUUCUCCCGGAGAAGCUCCGUGAGGGGGUCGGGGGACGAGGCAAAGACGGCGGAGGUUCAGCCUUCGUUCGAUCUGGUGGGUAGAGAACAGGAAGAGUUUGGGGGGGUGGACGAGCGCGAAACGAUGCGGGAGGAGAAACUGUUGGCGGUGGCGGCGAUGGAGGAGUGGGAUGAGGCGCGCAGAGACGAAGGUGUGAAUGGGCGCUUGGAGGACGAUGUUGUAAAUGAGCCCUGGGAAAGUGCGAGUAGGCGAAGGGAUCUGACGGGGAGAUCUGGGGGUUUGGAAGCUGACGCCAUUGAGGAGGAUGGUGUGAAUGAGCGCUUUGGUGGAGAGGCCGGUGUGAACGAGCACAUGGGAAGAGACACUGCUGUGAACGAGCGCUCCGAAGAGGAGGGUGGUGUGAACGCGCGCUUCGGUGAGGACGGUGGUGUGAACAAGCACUCCGAGACUGGAGUGAUUGAGCACUUUGAGGUGCACCACGAGGCAGCCAGCAGCGGGCGCGCUUCGGAGGACACGUGGCGCUCUCGCCGAUCGAACAGCCGGUACAGCCAGGAGAGUGACGACAGUGACGUCACUCCAAGGGCGUCACAGGAAAGGGUGCGAAGAGACGACUGGAAUGCGCAGAAAGGGGAGGGGGCAGGCAGCCAAAGGAACAGCCCGCUGAGUAAGGAAAGCGGGGGGUGGGGGCGUGUUUCCGGAGAUCUACGAAGUAGUGAAGAAAGGAAAGGCGAAAGAAUAUCUGCGGGGUUACGGGGCAGUCGAAGUUUGGUGACUGAGGAACAGGAGGAAAGCGAAAGGCUUUUCAGGGGAUCGGGGAUGGCAAAAGCUCUGGGGGCAGAGAAACGGCCGCCGAGCAUCGAUUGGGAAGCGGAGGACGACGUGCGGAGCAGCCUGGGAAGCUUAGAGGGUUCCGAGGGCGGCCCGAGCCUCAGUGCCGAGCGGCGAAGCUUUAGAGGUCUUUCCGGCCGGAGGAGAACGAGUAACAGCAGAUCGGGGCACGGCGGCAACGACAGAGCUGCUGACGUGAGCGGCUCACUUACACGUGGCAGCAGCAGAAGCAGCUUGAGAGAGAGUCUGGCGCCACGUGUCAGCAACAGAAGUGGCCCGCGAUCUUCGAGGGAUCCCCGGCAGCCAGCGGGGCUGGAUCCAGCGUCCAGGGCAAAGAGGACUGGUAACGUCAGCAGGCGGACGUCCGAGGUCGAGACCAGCCUGUCCGAGUGGACGGCAGCCGCUGACGUCAGUCCCAGCGCAGACACGGUUCCUGCUGACGUCACGAACCCGGCAGCCCAGGAGAAUAACCCGCGAAGUCGGCCGGCGUCGAUUGCUGCCCUUAACUUGACGAUGAGGCCGGAGGACAUGGAUCUGCUCUUCGACCCCAUCCUCAAAUGCUUUUACGACCCCAAGAGCAACAAGUACUACGAUCUCAAAGACGAAGAUGACUCUUUGAUUUGAACGGAGGGAUUUGCAGUUAGCUUCUGAGUGUGGGCGAGGACCGUGGUUGAUCAGGACCUUCGCUUUCAUUUGAAAAUGAGCGCAAGGUGAGGUCU